AUGUCGGAAUUGGUUUCUGAUCCCUAUCCUUCCACUAACCCUCAUGACCCUUUGGGUCAUCCUGGACAUCUAACUGAAACUCAGCAACAGACAUUGGAUAGCUUUCGUUCAGAAUUAAAAAGGAUGGGUUAUACAUUAAGGUUAGAUGAUGCUACAUUGUUGCGUUUUCUACGUGCCCGAAAAUUUAAUUUGCAACAAGCCUUGGAAAUGUUUGUUAAAUGCGAGAAUUGGAGGAAGGAGUUUGGUGUAGCUGAGCUUGUUAAAACCUUCCAUUAUGAUGAAAAGCCUCUUGUUUCCAAAUAUUAUCCUCAAUAUUAUCACAAAACCGAUAUCGAUGGUCGUCCCGUCUACAUUGAGCAAUUAGGCAAUGUUGAUUUGAAAAAACUCUAUCAAAUAACAACUCCUGACCGCAUGCUUCAAAAUCUUGUUUAUGAAUAUGAAAUGUUGGCUCUUAAGCGUUUUCCUGCUUGCUCUCGUAAGUUUAAUGGUCUUAUAGAGACUUCUUGUACCAUUAUGGACUUGAAGGGUGUUGGUAUUACUAGCGUCCAUUCUGUUUAUAGCUAUAUUCGGCAAGCUUCCAGUAUCAGUCAAGAUUAUUAUCCCGAAAGAAUGGGUAAAUUUUAUCUCAUCAACGCUCCAUGGGGAUUUUCUUCUGCUUUUAAUUUCAUCAAAGGUUUCCUUGAUGAAAACACAGUGAAAAAGAUUCACGUUUUGGGAUCGAACUAUAAGAGUGCCUUGUUAGAACAGAUUCCAGCCGAAAAUCUUCCAGCUAGUUUAGGAGGAGCCUGCAAUUGCCCUGGAGGUUGUGAGUUAUCUGAUGCCGGCCCAUGGCAUGAAGAGCAAUGGAUGAGCAAAGUGUAG